AUGGCAUUCCAUAAGCGGGUUCACACAACAGCAGCGUCGAGAUUACGACAAGAUUACCUUCGAAUCGUUAAAGAUCCGGUCCCUUACAUUACAGCGUUGCCUUUGCCUUCAAACAUUCUAGAAUGGUUGGUUUAAUUUAGCAUAGUGUGUGUUUAUUGUACGGUUUCCUUGUAGCGUUUUGUCAUUCAUUCGUUUUAUUAGAUUUAUUCUCAAUUGUUUCUUUGAGUAAGGAUAUAUUUCACUCACUUUGCAGGCAUUACGUUGUUCGAGGUCCUGAGAAUACUCCAUAUACAGGUAAAACAAUUUGGAACGAAACAUGUAAAGGGUAGUAGUUAUUUAUAUAAGUUGAUGAAUUAAAAGCGGAAGCUAUCACUGUAAGCUCGGGUGUCUAUUUUAAACUGUAAAUGUUUUGCACUAUUCCAGCUACGACUAUCUUAAGUAAGUUUGUUAGGAUGAUGUUACAUUUAGAUUGUCAAAUACAAAGUGUGUAACACAGCUUAUUAUUCAUUCAAAAUAUUUCCCCAAUUGUGAUUGGCUAAAAACACACGCAUAAUUCACCAUAACCAGUUACUGAUGACCAAAUUUGGAAGAAUUUUGUGUUUAAGGAGGAAAUGACAUCAAAAAUGCAGCCCACUACAGGUUGAGGCACCGUCACCGAGAAGACCUGGGGACGAGGUUGAGUUGUUUUGGUUGUGAAAAAAAAAAAAAAUUGCCGACAUUUCACUCCUUUCAAGAGUGAGAACUACAGCUGGAACUAGGUGAAAUAAUACCUAAAAACAUGGCAAAAACAGCAAGAAGACAACUUGGAGGGUGACAGUCCAUAUGGUCACAGUGGGAGAAGUUCGAUCUGAUUGGUUCAAAAUAAAUGUGAUACAAUAAGAACGAUCAAAGUUCAAUGGGGAUGGUAAAUGGUGUAUGCUUAGGCUGAUGUAUAUGUUUUAUUCUUAUUUAGGAGGUUACUAUCAUGGUAAACUAGUUUUUCCAAAAGAUUUCCCAUUUAAACCACCAAGAAUUUUCAUGAUUACACCAAAUGGAAGGUUUAAAGUCAACACAAGGUAAGAGCAAAAAACCUGUUAGAAAAGACCAUUGGCUGAACCUUUCUUCAAUUUACUUCGAGAGAAUCAGACUCCUGGGCUCGGUUCCUGAAAGCCAAUUAGUGCUAACCCAGGAUUAGUAUUUUGUUCCACUUUUUGUAUUUUACCUACAGGUACCUAUGCAUUGCUUAGAGUAACAUUUUGUGUAUCAUAACUGUAUCUCAUAGUAAAGGCUCAGCUGUAUUUUGUAAGCUUGAGUUACAUGUCUGUAGACAAGAAAAUUUUUGCGUAAUCUUGGGUUCAACUUAACCAUCUUUCGAGGAACCAGGCCCUGAGUGAUAGAAAUCCAAUCUGGGUAUCAUCCUCAGGGCUUUCUACAAAAUUAUUUUAAAGGAGGAAGAGAAAAAAUUGAGUAGAUGGAAAAUUAAUAGAUUGGUUGGAAAGAUGCUCACAUGGGUGAGGGUGUGAAAAGGGGCAUAACAUCUGCUGCGCCUUUCCACUGGAAGGACCUGGAGGCCUCCUCAGGUUCGAAAUUUGUUUUAGUGGGCCCUGAAAAGUGAAUUUAACUUUAUUUUCUUAGUCUGCAUUGCAGCUGUAAUUUAACCUGGCUUGGUAAAUAACAUCUAUGAAGUAACAGUGAUAUCCUUGUUCUGAGCCACCAAUGGAAUCGACAAAUUACUGGAAGUGCAUUUUGAAUUUCCUUUCCUCCUUAUUGACAAACAACAGUGGUUUUUUUCAACAGCCUAAUCAUGGCACAUACUCAAAUCCCGGUACACAGGUGGCAUCUAGAACAAGGAUUUUGGCACUGUUUCACAGACAAACUGAACCAGAGUUUAGUGUCAUCUGUGGCACAGGCUAUCAUUCUGUGGGAUGGCAGAGAGAAUUUUAGCCAUGAUGAUGGCACCAUUAUUUACCCACAUUUGGUUUAUUUUACAUCUUAUUAAAUUUCCUUUCUUCCAACAAAAUACAACAGAUUUAUCAUCCUUAUUUCUCCUCCUCCUAAAAAGAAUUAUUAAUUCUGUAAGUAGCCAAUGCCUCCGUUAUGACUGGACACUGUAUUUUGCUGGUCACUGCAACUUCCGGAGAACCCUGCAUUCUGUUAUAGCUGUACAUACAUGUAGGUAAAAUCCAUUAUUGUGUUAAACUCAGAAUUUCUGUUGCAGCGGUGAGAGUACAAGUGUGUACGUUUCACUUAAUGAAAGGUCAAUAACACAUAUGAUCUGAUUGCAAGUUAUAGAAGGUUCAAAGGCGCAUGAGCAGAUUGUGUUCUUUAGUAUUCAUUCCAUGCAUUCUUAGUGCAAGUCCAAAUGAAGGCUGCCUCCAUACAUGGAGAUUAGGAUUGGUGUGGAUGACCAGAGGAGCCCGCAAUUAAUCUAUUAAUUUUUUAUGCAUUUUAUUUGCUUUAAAAUUAUGUGACUUAUUUAUUUUUCUAGUUUUUGUUUCUAUUUAUUUUAUUUAUUUUUCUUUUUUUCUUUUUAAGAUUGUGUCUAUCAAUAAGUGAUUUUCACCCUGACACCUGGAAUCCAGCAUGGUCUGUUUCAACCAUACUCACUGGUUUAUUAAGUUUUAUGGUAUGUAAUUUUCUACAGUGAAUACACUGUACAAUGUGUCUUCAAGUUCUCAAACUCGUGACAAUCAUUCUAUUUAGAUCACUGUCAAAGAAACUUUCAUGUUUGCAUGAGUGUCUGUAAAUAUUUUGACUGUUUUGUUUUUGUGGGAAUUGAUUGGCCAUUAAUUUUUACAUGGUCAUGUGAACCAUGCAAAGGCUAGCUGUUUGCAGGGCAAAAUGUCAGUACGUUCAUUUCUCAGACUUUACAAUGUAUUUUAAGGUGCUGUCUAAUGGUCACACCCUGGAGAUCAAACCCUCAACAUUCUGCUCUGCAGUUAAAUUCUCUAUAAUCUACCAAGUUGACUAGCUGCGCUGGGUCUAUCCUUGUAGUGAGAUUUUUAGACUCAACACGUUUAAGUUUUAUGUACUUUUUUUUAAAAUGUCAGGUGGAGACUUCUCCAACCCUCGGAAGUAUAGACACAUCAGAAUUUCAGGUAUGCAAUAAAUACUGUACUGUCUAUAGUGUAGUAUCAAGAUAGACUAAUGGCACGGAGAGGGAAUCAGUCUUAGGGCAUUGGCUGGGAUAUGUGAAUUUCACUAAACUUAGAGGUUGUAUGUGAACAGGCUCCAGUAGUUCAAACGUUGGAUAGUGCUAUCCACCAGAUAAAUUGCUAUCCAGAGGAUAAGUAUUAGGGAAAUUAAUUGCGUUAUCCACUGGAUAGAGAUUUAUCAAGUGGAUAGCGUUAUCCACCUUUUUGAAUAAUUAGGCCCUGGAGUCUAAUUCCUGGGACAUUGUACAUCGUGUUAAAUACAUGUAGAUUGUUUGAAAUUUCAUCGAGUCCACACAUGACUGCCUCAAAGCAAGAAAAUAAAAUUAGUGCAGAAUGUUGUUACAUGUACACUGUAUGGCAACUGUUGAAUUCUCUCUUGACAACACUAAAUAAUAAACAACAAUUUCUGAUUAGUCCAAGCAUUUAACUGGUAAAAUUCACAUAAUAAUUAUACCAAGGGCUGGACCAGGUGUUUCCCUGUUUGUGCCAUGACAUUUUGUAUUCUCUUUUGUGUAUAUCACAUACAGCUUGUGUUAAUAAUAUUUUAAGGGGUCUGUCUUUUAUCUUUUUAGGGAUCCUCUUUGAGGAGAUAAUUAUUAAUCUGUAUUAAUUUUUCAUAAUUAAAAUGAAUACAAUGUAUUAGCACAUUUGAUAUUAUUAUUAUAAUUAUAUGAAGAGCUCCAUGCAAAAACAUCCCCUCCAAAAAGACAGCCCCUCCCAAAAGAUGGGGCAAGGGGACAUUUCUACCAUUCAUAUACAGUGGUAUCAUGAAUAUUUAUCAUUUACGAAGUUUUAAAAGUGUGUCCAGCUUCGUAAGUGUAGUAGUUUGGUCCUUCUCUUAAUUUUGUUUUAAUAGUAUGUAUAUAUAUAUAUAUAUUUUUCUUUUCAGAAAAGACAGCUGGCCACAAUGAGUGGUCCAUUUAACUUAAAAGAUAAAAUAUUCUGUGAGCUCUUCCCUGAUAUAGUGGAGGUGAGUGGGUUCUUCAAAAAUUAGAUUAUUUAUUCUGAGUAAAAAUUACCAACUUUGAUUGUUAAAAAUUUGGGUUUGUGUGAAUGCAAACUAAGGAUAAAUAAUAUUACUUUCACUUAUUUUGGUUGUACAGUGCCCAAAAAUUUAAGGCCUGUUUAGCAUUUUGUAAUAAUGGAUUAUGCCAAAAAUUAUGCUUGCAUAAUCUAUCUAGGUUCUACAGGUUUUUCAACUUUCAUUUUGAAAAAAAGGUUUUUUUUUAAUUUUUAUUUCCAGUUUAAUUAGAGCAGAUCUGUAAGAAGAAUCUUUAUGUAGUCCCUCUCAGUGUCCUGUUUUCUCUAAGGGCCUGUUUAUGAAGAGAAAGGGUUACCCUUGUGCUAGGGUUACCCUAACAAGCAGGUUAAAGUUAGCUCUGGUUUUGAAGCAAAUUUCACAGGUAGGGUUACCCUAUCACUCGGGGCAACAUUACCAGCUUUGCUGACAUGCAUGACAGUCUUUGUAACGGUCCAAAAUUUGACAUAAUCGUGAAGCUCUCUAUGGAAAACAUGUUAAAUUCACGAAAAAAAGGGGAAAUUGUAUAAUACCCUUCAAAUUGGCAUAAUUACUGGUCAAGCACGACAGCAGAAAGUUGACCUGGGUAGGCGAGUUCUCCCUCUUUGCUAGGGUAACCCUAGCACUCAGGUAGGGUUACCCUGGCAAGGGUAACCCUACCUACCUUGUAAACACGUCAUGUAAAAAGAAGAAAUAUGCGAGUGCUAGGGUCACCUGAGCACCGGGGUUUCCCUCCCUCCUUGUAAACAGGGCAAAGGUCUUCUACACUGUAAGUAUUUAAAAGAUCCUUUGGUCCUAAGGUCAGUAUGCAAAGAGAGUCGUAUCCAGUAGCCCUGGGCCAGUGGACUUUUCUUUACGGCUAGUGAAUUCUGUUCUUAACUUGCCCGACGGGAAAGUGAAGUUUUGGGCAAUUAAAAUUACAUAGAAUAUUGUAAUCAAUCCUUGUCUCAUUGCCAGUAUUAUUAUUGUAUAUAACUUCACAGGAAAUUCUUGCAAAAAUGAAGGAAAGAGGAGAAGAAAGGGAAGAACAAAACUUGACACAGAACAGUGGCAAUGUAAAGGGAGGGGUGGCUGGGGCCACAAGAGAAGGGAACAAUGGACUUAUCAGUAGUACCCUGGUGAACAUUUGUGUCAUCAUUGGCUUUGCUGCCUUUGCAUACACAGUCAAAUGUGUAUUGAAAGCUGUUGAUAACAGCUAGUCUUUGAUGCUCGAAACAGCUUGAAUUCAAAUGAAAGAUCCAUAGAAGAUGCAGUGAAGUAUUAAUACAGACUGUAGGUGGGACAGAAUGUCUUGAUUUAUCACCAGUAUUUUACAUGUAUAGUGGCCAAUAUUGGUGCAAUGUUUAAGGCUUCACUCUAUAAGUCAGUAGGUACAAAAAAAAGAAAGUAAUAAUGAUAACUAGGGCUUUUUUCCGAUUUGAUAACACUUGGUGUGUGCUAUCUAGGCCAGACAAUAAACGAAUGAUAUUGAACUUCAGUAGGUUAAAAAUCUUUUAAAGUCUUAUAAGGCAACUGAUUCGGGUGUCUUCUAGUGUGGUCGCGAUGUUUUUCUUGGGUCUACCUCUAAAAAGUCCAUCCAUUGGUCCAAAAAAGGCCUUACACUGAUGGGGCCAGGCCCCGUGACCCUAAAAGCUCGAACACGGCAUUCUUUGCCAAUAAACAGACUCGUCUUUUUCUAGCGGAAAGGUCUUUUCUAGCCUCCCACGGAGAAGGCUUUUUUGUGGCUCGUCACGCAAUGCCCCCAAUUUAGGGAAGAAAUGCGUGACAAUGCCCUAGGUGGAAAGCUACAAUAGGUCUAAUUUAAGUACAACGUUUGAAACAACAUACUGAUUAGCAUGGAAGUAUUGUCCUUAGUGACACUAUAGUUUGACGAAUCAAAUAGGUCUAAGAGUAUUGUGGAGAAAAAUUAAUGAUUAUAUACACUGUUAUUUAAACUUAUUCCUACAUUUUUUUAAUUGUUAUAAUGUAUAGCACAACAAAGAAGAAUGUAUUCUUAAAUAUCAUGGAAGAAGAGUGAAUAUUAGUCUGGAAAAUUUCUAUCAAGUGCGAUAAGAAUUAUAAAUGACAGUAUACAUUUUGGGUGCAAUGCCUUCUUAACAAAUCAAAGCCCAUCUACUAAAAACAAAAGACACUGGAACACAAGGCAUUUUUUUUGGUUGUCUCUUUGUACAUUUUAUCGCACCCUUGCGGAAUGCCACUGUGACAAGUUGCCCGAGAUGGUGCUUUGUAAAAAGUGCAAUGCUCUAGCCUGCGAGCAAGCUCUCCGGGGCUUUCUGGCGGCGGGGCGGGAAAAGUAAGGAGAGCUCGCAACUACGUCUCUGGAAUUGGAAUUCUAUCUCCAAUUCCCCUGUGGCUCCCCGGCGACUGAGCUGUGAGAUUUCCGUAAAUCAGCGCGGAGCGGAAACGAGCACAAAUGUAAACUAACAUUGAAAAACACGUUCCAAAGGUUAUGACGCCAUUACUAUUGUCAUCUCCGCCGAUCAGCAUUUCGCAUUGAUUUUUUCGAUGCAGAUAUCCAAAUUCCAGAAGCGUAGUUGCAAGCUCUCCUUCCUUUUCCCGCUUCGCCACCAGAGCGCCCCAGGGAGCCUGUUUUUAUGUCUGUCAAAGUUAAGAAUUCGGUAAUUACAGUCAACGAGGCCUGCGAGAACAGCCGACAGUGGUGACGCUACCUCUUGUUUCUCCGGGAAUGACGUUUGAGGACGGAGUGCAGAAGUUCCAUAAAUUCCUUACUGAUGACGUGUUACUACCCAGAUCUGUUUAGUACUUCUGAUUGGCAGCCCCGCGAGGGAAAUUUGCUUCAACCAAUCAGAGGCACCAACAGCAGUGAUCUGGGUAGUGACACGUCAUUAGUAUGGGAUAUCUGCGCUUGUUCCUCAAAAGUCAUUUCAAGGGUAUACCGGUGAUGGCAUCGGGAAAUGUGGGCUGUUAAUCGGAGCCUUAGAGUAGACAGCAUUACAGAAAGUAGACCUUGAUGCUGUGUGCAAUACUUGCUUGUUUUCAUGCACUGAUUUUAGCUAGAAGUAAUCUACUUGCCAUUGUUUGAGAAGUCAAAUCUGAGAAAAUUAUUAUUGAAGCUACAUUUCAUUGUUUGCUUUGCCUCUCUGCAUUAUUUGUAAAAUGUCAUUCAAGUAACUGUGGGGGGAGGGGGGAGGUUACAUGUGUCACACAGAUGCAGCCAAACGUGGUAACAAGCAUGGACAAACGUCUUGGGACACAUCUGCAUUCAUAAUGCUUUCUUUAAAUCACACAUGCCCAACCCUCCCCCACCCCAUAAACAAGGUUAGACAUGUGUUUCCAGAUUGGUCCCCAAGUUUCAACUUUGUGUAGGGUGGGGUGGGGGAGGGGGAAUAGGAGAACUGCAAGAUAUUUUCAAAAAACAAUUGCAUUGCUUUAUAAUGGAACGCAG